GCGAGAGUGUGUGUGGAAGUGAGUGAUUGUGCGGCUUCUCCGGUGAACAGCGUUUGACUGACAGUGCAAGAAAAGGCUGCUGGAGUAAAGCAAACAUUUUGCUUCGGAGCUUCACCCAUAAAUCACCACAUCGCUAGGCAGGUCAUGUCACUCUGGUUUACUGGCCCGAACCUUCCUUCGCCCAUCAUUAGCAGCAAGAACUGGCUUCGACUGCACUUUACUUCAGAUGGCAACCAUAAGUUAAGAGGUUUCAGUGCCCAAUACCAAGUGAAGAAGAUGACUGAACUUAAGUCCCGGGGUGUGAAGAUGUUGCCCAGCAAAGACAACCACCACAAGAUAUCAGUGUUGUCUCAGAUGGGUGUAGCACAGGGCCACAACAUGUGUCCAGAUCCCGGGAUUCCGGAUCGAGGAAAAAGAAAAGGUUCUGACUUCAGGCGAGGAGCCACAGUGCAUUUCUCCUGUGACGAGGGUUAUGAACUGCAGGGCUCGAAGAGCAUCACUUGUCUCAGAGUGACAGACAGCUACGUAGGCUGGAGUGACGAUCGGCCCAUCUGCAGAGCACCAAUGUGUGGAGGCCUGUUGAGAGGACCCAGUGGUGUCAUCACAUCUCCGAACUACCCAGUUCAGUAUGACAACAACGCCAACUGCACUUGGGUCAUCACGGCGACAGACACAUCCAAGGUGAUCAAGCUGACAUUUGAAGAUUUUGACCUGGAGCGAGGCUACGACACCCUGACGGUUGGAGACGGCGAGGUGGUGGGAGACCAGAAGACCAUCUUCCACGUUCUGUCUGGUUCGACUACUCCAGACCUUGUUGUGAGCACCAGUCACCAGAUGUGGCUCAACUUCAAAACAGAUGAUACCAGUGGCUCGUUGGGCUUCAAGGUGUCCUAUGAAGAAAUUGAGCAAGGCAGUUGUGGAGAUCCUGGAAUUCCAGCUUACGGCAAGCGGGAGGGGACAGGUUUCCGUCACGGGGACAGACUGUACUUCGAGUGUCUGCCUGCCUUCGAGCUGGUGGGGAAGAAGAACAUCACCUGUCAGAAGAACAACCAGUGGUCAGCUAAGAAACCCAGCUGCGUUUUUUCCUGUUUCUUCAACUUUACCACUCCAUCGGGGGUGCUGCUAUCUCCCAACUACCCUCAGGAGUACGGAAACAAUAUGCACUGUGUGUGGCUCAUCAUCACCAACCCUGAGAGCAGAAUCAAUCUGGCCUUCAACGACCUCAGCAUGGAGAAACAGUUUGACUUCCUCUCCAUCAAGGAUGGGGGAAAGGCUGAAUCUCCUAUCCUGGGGACCUUCUCUGGUGAUGUCCUGCCUCCUCCCAUAACAACCAGUGCGCAUGUAGCCCGUUUGGAGUUCCUGACUGACCACACCUACACAGACAGAGGCUUUAACAUCACGUUUACAACGUUCCGCCACAACGAGUGCCCAGACCCGGGUGUGCCGGUUAAUGGGAAACGCUUUGGAGAGAGCCUUCAGCUGGGCAGUUCCAUCUCAUUCCUGUGUGAGGACGGCUUUGUUAAGACCCAUGGCUCCCUGACCAUCUCCUGCAUUCUCAAGGACGGCAAUGUGGUGUGGGACAAUGCUGUCCCUCGCUGUGAAGCCCCGUGUGGAGGGGAUCUGAAGGCUCCCAGUGGAAUCAUCCUCUCCCCUGGCUGGCCAGAACUAUACAAGGAGGCCCUUAACUGUGAAUGGAUCAUUGAGGCUCCUCCAGGCUACCCCAUCAAGAUCAUCUUCGACAAGUUUCGCACCGAGGUUAACUAUGAUGUCCUCGAGGUGCGAGAUGGACGUUUUCCCUCUUCACCACUAAUUGGUAGUUACCAGGGCACGCAAGUUCCCCAGUUCCUGAUCAGCACCUCCAACUUCCUGUAUCUCCUAUUCACCACUGAUAAGAGCCACUCUGACAUUGGCUUCCGUAUACGUUAUGAAACCCUGCAGCUACAAUCAGAUCACUGCGUGGAUCCUGGCAUCCCCGUCAACGGGCAGCGACACGGGAACGACUUCUACGUUGGAGCUUUGGUGACAUUUAGUUGCGACGCAGGGUACACACUUAGUGACUCUGAGCCAUUAGAAUGUGAACCCAAUUUUCAGUGGAGUCGCCCCCUGCCUAGCUGUGAUGCAUUGUGUGGAGGUUACAUCCAGGGCAACGCCGGCACCAUCUUGUCUCCCGGCUUCCCAGACUUUUACCCGCAUAACCUGAACUGCACGUGGAUAAUCGAGACCUCCCAUGGCAAAGGUGUCCAGUUCACCUUCCACACCUUCCACCUUGAGAGCCCUCACGACCAUUUAUUGGUGACAGAGAACGGCAGCUUCUCUCAGCCACUUUGGAGGCUGACGGGCUCCACUUUGCCUCCGCCUCUCAGCGCAGGGCUGUUUGGAAACUACACAGCACAGAUCCGCUUCCUGUCUGACUUUUCCGUUUCGUACGAGGGAUUCAACAUCACCUUCUCUGAGUAUGAUUUGGAGCCGUGCGAAGAUCCUGGAAUUCCACCCUACAGCACCAGAAAGGGAUUGCAGUACGGAGUGGGCGAUGCCCUCAUCUUCUCUUGUUUCCCAGGUUACCGACUAGAGGGUCCAGCGAGGGUGGUCUGCUUAGGGGGCAGGAGGCGGGUGUGGAGCUCCCCUCUGCCAAGGUGUGUUGCUGAAUGUGGUUCAUCCGUGACUGGCAUGCAAGGGGUGCUGCUCUCACCCAACUACCCCGGUUACUACGGCAACAACCACGAAUGCAUCUACUCCAUCCAGACGCAGCCUGGCAAAGGCAUACAGCUACGGGCACGGGAUUUCAGACUGGAGGAGGAUGACAUACUCAAAGUCUUUGAUGGAAGCAGUAAUAAGGCUCGCCUGCUGGGGGUGUUUACAGGCAACGAGCUGCUAGACACAACCCUGAACUCCACCUCCAGCUCUAUGUGGCUCGAGUUCAUCAGCAAUGCGGAUAACACCAGUAAAGGCUUUGAACUACACUUCACCAGUUUUGAGCUCGUGAAAUGUGAGGAUCCAGGUGUUCCCCAGUUUGGGUACAAGCGAGAGGACAAGGGUCAUUUUGCAGGGAGCACCGUGUCUUACAGCUGUGACCCGGGCUACACCCUGAAAGGUCCUGAGGUGCUCACCUGCCUGAGGGGUGAAAGGAGGGCUUGGGACAGCCCCCUUCCACUCUGUGUUGCCGAGUGUGGUGGCACCAUCAAAGACGAGCCUUCCGGUCGUGUCCUCUCUCCGGGCUACCCGGCACCAUAUGAGCACAACCUGCACUGCAUGUGGACCAUUGAGGCGGCCCCAGGAAGCACUAUAAGUCUUCAUUUCCUGGUUUUCCACACGGAAGAGGUCCAUGAUGUGCUUCGGAUCUGGGACGGGCCCCAGGAUGGAGGUGUCCUGCUGAGGGAGCUAAGUGGCUCAGCGCUACCCCAAGAUGUCCACAGCACCUUUAACACUAUCAGCCUGCAGUUCACCACAGACUUCUUCACCAGCAAACAAGGCUUCGCUCUUCAGUUUUCUGUGUCUACUGCAACCUCCUGCAAUGACCCAGGCAUGCCUACUAAUGGGACCCGCGGUGGCGACAGCAGGGAGCCCGGAGACCAUGUGGUGUUCCAGUGUGAUCCGGGUUACAUCCUGCAGGGGGCCAACAGGAUCACCUGCACUGAAAUCAAUGGUCGCUUCUUCUGGCAGCCAGACCCUCCUACAUGCACAGCUCCAUGUGGCGGGAACCUGACAGGUCCUAGUGGGCUGAUUCUGUCUCCAGACUAUCCUGAACCGUAUCCUCACGGACGAGAGUGUGACUGGACAGUUACUGUCACACAGGACUAUGUCAUCUCUCUGACCUUCAACCAGUUCAGCUUGGAGCCAAGUUAUGACUUCUUGCAUAUCUAUGAUGGACCGGACUCCCUCAGCCCCUUGUUGGGAAGCUUUUAUGGCACAGAUGUUCCCGAUCGCAUUGAGAGCAGCUCCAACACGCUCUUCUUGGCUUUCCGCAGCGACGCCUCUCUCAGCAGCAAUGGAUUUGUGCUGCAGUACACAGAGAACCCUAGGGAGUCUUGCUUCGAGCCCGGCCUGGUGCGCAAUGGGACACGGGUGGGCACCGAUCUCAAGCUGGGCUCCACCGUCACCUACCACUGCGACAGUGGCUACACACUAGAGGGAGACCCAACGCUCACUUGCAUCAUGGGGGUGGACGGCAAGCCGAGCUGGAACAAACCCAAACCCAUCUGCAUUGCUCCGUGUGGUGGACAGUACAGUGGUACAGAGGGAGUUGUCUUGUCUCCUGGUUACCCCGGUAACUACAGCAGCGCACGAACCUGUUUGUACACUGUAGUCGUGCCCAAAGAUUACGUGGUCUUCAGUCAGUUCGCCUUCUUCCAGACGGCCCUGAAUGACAUCGUGGAGGUUUACGAUGGGGCGACGCAGCACUCCCGCGUUCUUAGCUCGCUCUCUGGAGCACACACAGGUGAGUCGUUGCCAUUAGCAACCUCCAACCAAAUCCUGAUCCGCUUUACCUCCAAAGGCCAAUCCAGCUCUAGAGGAUUCCAUCUGGUCUACCAGGCCGUGCCGCGGACCAGCGCCACCCAGUGCACCUCAGUCCCCGAGCCCCGCAAUGGCAGACGAAUGGGUAACAACUUUGCCGUCGGCGCCGUGGUCCGCUUCGAGUGCAGCCCUGGUUACGUCCUGGAGGGAUCGAGCGCUGUCGAAUGUUUAACCGUUCCCAGUGCCCUGGCACAAUGGAACAGCUCGAUACCCAGCUGUAUAGUUCCAUGUGGAGGUAAUCUGACCCAGCGAACUGGCACCAUCUUAUCUCCUGGAUUUCCUGAGCCCUACCUCAACGGCCUCAACUGUGUAUGGAAGAUCACAGUUCCCGAAGGAUCAGGAAUCCAGAUCCAGGUAAUCAGCUUUGUGACAGAGCAGAACUGGGAUUCGCUGGAGGUGUUUGACGGAGGCGACAACACUGACACCAUGCUUGGCAGCUUCUCGGGCACGACGGUCCCAGCUCUGCUCAACAGCACCUCCAACCAACUCUACCUCCACUUUUUCUCUGAUAUCAGCGUGUCUGCAGCUGGAUUCAGGCUGGAAUACAAAACUGUGUCUUUGACUAACUGUCCAGAGCCUGUAGUUCCUAUGAAUGGUAUCAAGGUUGGAGAGCGUCUUCAGAUGAAUAACGUGGUGUCAUUCCAUUGUGAACCAGGAUAUACACUACAGGGGAACUCGCACAUCACUUGUAUGCCUGGAACUGUCAGACGAUGGAACUACCCACCUCCUCUCUGCAUAGCUCAGUGUGGUGGAAUUCGGGAAGAGAUGGAGGGCAUGAUUCUCAGUCCCGGUUUCCCUGGCAACUACCCUAGCAACAGUGACUGCACCUGGAGAAUCUACCUGCCAGUUGGUUACGGAGCCCACAUACAGUUCCUCAACUUUUCCACUGAAGCCAACCACGACUUCCUCGAGAUACGCAAUGGGCCCUUGGAAACAAGUGCUGUCAUUGGCAGAUUCAGUGGCCAGGAUGUUCCCUCUUCCCUUCUCACCACCUCCCACGAGACCACAAUAUACUUCCAUAGUGACCAUUCACAGAACAAACCUGGCUUCAGGUUUGAGUACCAGGCUUAUGAGCUCCAAGAAUGCCCAGAUCCAGAGCCUUUUCGCUACGGGGUGGUGGUGGGUGCUGGCUUUAACGUGGGUCAGUCUAUUUCCUUCGAAUGUCUGCCUGGGUAUCAGCUGACGGGACAUUCCAUCCUCACCUGUGAGCACGGCACCACCCGCAACUGGGAUCACCCUUUCCCUCGCUGUGAAGUGCCUUGUGGUGGGAACAUCACAUCAGACAAUGGGACCAUCUUUUCCCCGGGUUACCCUGAGGAGUAUCCAAGCUCAGCUGACUGCUCCUGGCUGAUUACUGUGGCUCCUGGAUUUGGCAUCAAACUCAACUUCUCCCUCCUUCAAGUUCAUGGGCCACACGACUUCAUUACAGUCUGGGAUGGUCCACAAGAAACAGCCAGGAAACUAGGUGUGUUUACGGAUGGAGAGCCCAACGACCCACCCAGCAGCACAUCCAAUCAGGUGCUGAUACGGUUCCGUAGUAACACAGAGAAGGGUGGACUCUUUCGUAUCAGCUAUCAAGCUUACAGACUGCAGUACUGCCUCCCUCCCCCCAUCAUUCCUAAUGCUGAGAUUCUGAUGGCAAGCAAGGAAUUUAAAAUUGGUGAUAUAGUGCGCUACCGAUGUCUCCCAGGAUACCAAUUAAGUGGAAACAGCAUCCUGACCUGUCGGCUAGGUACACAUUUGGAAUUUGAGGGCCCUCCACCCUCAUGUGAUGUGACGUGUCCCAUGAACGAGAUACUCACAGCCUCCACGGGCGUCAUCAUGAGUCAGUCGCCCGGCAACGGCUUUCCCCACUUCGAGUCCUGCUCCUGGGUGGUUAAGGUAGAACCCGGCUACAACAUCACUUUCACUAUUGAACACUUCCAGACCAGCCGUCAGUUCGAUGAGCUUGAAAUCUUUGAUGGCCCAUCCAGACAGAGUCCUCUCCUAAUCACACUAAGUGGUAACUAUUCCAGUCCGCUCAGCAUCACCAGUUCCAGUAACAAAGUCUACCUGCACUGGUCCUUCGAUCACACUACCAGCCACAAAGGCUUCCGCAUACGCUACUCAGCUGCCUACUGCAGCCCUCCAAACAGCCCAGUAAAUGGCACAGUUCACAGUCUGACAGGCACAAAACUCGGCAGCACCCUGCGUUUCAGCUGCGACCAGGGCUUUCGUCUUAUUGGCCAAAGCAGUGCCACCUGUACGCGUACUGCACAGGGGAUCUACCAGUGGAACGCACCGGUCCCGCUUUGCCAAGUCAUGUCCUGUGGAAUGCCAGUUCCUCCUGUUAAUGGCAGCAUUGCUGGCCAGGACUUCUCUCUAGGAGCCCGAGUCACCUAUCAAUGUAACCCUGGAUUUCGGCUUUCAGGGCCCAUCACCACCUCAGUGAUCUGUCAGGAGUCUGGGAGGUGGAGCCCCAUAGAGGCCCCACCUAGAUGUAUUCCUGUCACCUGCCCCGACAUUGGUCACUCUGCAGUGGAACAUGGGAGAUGGAGGCUAAUCUAUGGGACUCAAAACCAAUAUGAUGCUAUCAUGAUGCUCACUUGCGACCCAGGAUAUUAUUACAGGGGUCAAAGGGUAAUUCGCUGCCAAGCCAACAGCACAUGGAACUAUCCAAAUCCUCGCCCAGUCUGUGAGAUCAUCUCCUGCGGGGACCUUGGGACUCCACCAAACGGACACAAGAUUGGAACUCUUACUGUGUAUGGAGCCACAGCUAUUUUCUCAUGCAACACGGGCUAUACCUUGGUGGGCUCUCGGGUACGAGAGUGUAUGUCCAACGGGCUUUGGAGUGGAACACAGGUCCAGUGCCUGGCGGGCCAUUGUGGUACUCCAGAGCCAAUAGUGAAUGGCCAGAUCAUUGGGGAGAAUUAUAACUAUCGAGGCAGCGUUGUGUACCAGUGUAACCCAGGAUUUCGGCUCAUUGGAGUGUCAGUGCGAGUCUGUGAACAGGAUCACCGCUGGUCAGGACGUACUCCUGUUUGUGUUCCCAUCACCUGUGGCCAUCCUGGCAACCCUACCUUUGGUAUGACCCAAGGAACCCAGUUUAAUCUAAACGAUGUUGUACGUUUCAUCUGCAAUACUGGAUAUGUUCUACAAGGGGCUGUAAAAUCGACGUGCCAGGCCAACGGGCAGUGGAGCAACGCCCUACCCAGGUGUAAAAUUGUUAACUGCACAGAGCCAGGACAUGUGGAGAACAGCAUUAGGCAGGUACUGUCCAGCGGGCCGCAUCGCUACAGCUUCCAAACCACUGUGUCAUAUCGCUGCAGUCCGGGCUACUACCUGCUGGGCACCAGCUCGAUCUCCUGUCAGGGAGAUGGCACCUGGGACCGCUCCUUACCCAAAUGCCUGUUGGUGCUAUGUGACCGCCCCAGCGUGCCUCCUUACACCCAGAUUUCAGGUGACCGUCGAACAGUGGGCUCCGUCAUUCGCUACAGUUGCAUCGGGCAGCGUAGCAUCAUUGGCAAUACAACAAGAAUGUGCCAGCUGGAUGGGCAAUGGAGCGGCUCGCCACCACAUUGCUCUGGAGAGGCUGCUGGGUUGUGCGGUGAUCCGGGCGUUCCCGUGCAUGGGAUCCGUCUAGGAGAGGAGUUUAUGGUGGGCAGUGUUGUCCGCUUCAGCUGUGAGCCAGGCUAUGCGCUGAAGGGCUCUCCGGAGAGAACCUGUCUGGCCAAUGGAAGCUGGCUGGGCACACAACCAGAAUGCCAUGUGGUUUCUUGUGGAAAUCCAGGAACUCCACGGAAUGCCCAGAUCCUCAUUCACGACGGCCUGACUUUUUCCAGAUCCAUCACUUACACUUGCAGGGAGGGCUACUACUCUACUGGACUCCUGACCCGGCACUGUACUGUUAACGGGACUUGGACCGGCAACAUGCCUGAGUGCUCAGUAAUCAACUGCGGCGAUCCCGGAGUGCCAGCUAACGGGGUGAGAUUUGGGAAUGAUUUCACCUACAACCACACGGUCACUUUCCAGUGCUCCCCUGGUUUCACCAUGGAUGCCGAUCGGGCCUCCUCUCUCAUCUGCACCAAGACCCGCACCUGGAAUGGCACCAAACCUCUCUGUAAAGCAAUCGUAUGUGGUCCACCACCCACCAUCCCUAAUGGACAGGUUGUUGGGACAGACUUCACCUGGGGCUCCAGCAUAAGCUACUCCUGCAACCAAGGUUACCAGCUGUCCCUGCCCACUGUGUUAACAUGCCAAGGCAACGGCAACUGGAGUGGAGAGAAACCACAGUGCUUCCCUGUUUUUUGUGGAGACCCGGGAAUGCCAACACAGGGGAGAAGGGAGGACAGCGGUUUCACCUAUCUCUCCUCCGUCUCCUUCUUCUGCGACCCGCCACUCGUCCUGGUCGGCUCAUCCCGGAGAUACUGCCAGUAUGAUGGCACCUGGAGUGGCACGCAGCCGUCUUGCAUAGAUCCCAGUCACACUACCUGUGGAGAUUCUGGCACGCCUCUCUUUGGAAACCAGAACAACAGCCAGGGCUACCAGAUCGGCAGUACGGUAUUCUUCAGCUGCAGAAAGGGCUACUUACUGCAGGGCUCGAUUUCUCGCACCUGCCUACCAAACCUCACUUGGAGUGGCUUUCAACCUGAGUGCAUUGCCCACCACUGCAGCCAGCCAGAGCUGCCAGCCCAGUCUGAUGUGAGAGCCAUUGAACUGCCAUCCCUGGGCUACACGCUGAUCUAUACGUGUCAGCCCGGCUUCUACUUGGCCGGAGGAUCGGAGCACAGGACGUGCAGGUCCGACGGUAGCUGGUCAGGGAAACCGCCUCUGUGUGCAGCUGAUAUUCGCCCAAGUGGUAGGGGCCCGGUGGUACCAGUGCAGGAGCCGUCCUCCAAGCACCCAGUUCCUGUUGGUGUAUUUGCUAAGAACUCCCUCUGGAGGGGAUCCUACGAGUACCUCGGGAAGAAGCAACCAGCUAUGUUGAGCAUCACUGCCUUUGAACCCUUUAGCAACCGGGUUAAUGGGACACUCAUCGACCACAGUGGAGUAGAACUUAAACUGGCAGGUACAUAUAAGAGAGAGGAUGCUCAGCUGGUGCUACAGGUUCAUCAGAUCAGAGGUCCUGUGGAGAUCUUUGUCAACAAGUUCAAAAUGGACAACUGGUCCCUAGAUGGACGUGUGUCCUACAUCUCUUCUUCCAACUCCUAUGUGUACCAGGGAGUUGUCACCGGAAAAGGCUUUGGCCAAUUUGGUCUCCAGAGACUGGAGAGUUUAGAUCCCAGCAGAGACCAUCCAGGCUACAACUUUGCCUCCAACAGCAGUUCAGUGGCGGCAGCCAUCCUAGUGCCUUUUAUAGCCAUGAUCAUUGCAGGCUUCGCUCUGUACCUCUACAAACACAGAAGAAGACCCAAAGUUCCCUUCAAUGGUUACGUGGGCCAUGAGAACACUAACGGGCGAGCUACGUUCGAGAACCCUAUGUAUGACCGCAACAUCCAACCCACUGACAUCAUGGCCAAUGAGACAGAGUUCACAGUCAGCACAGUGUGCACAGCUGUAUAGCAACCGCUUCCUCCGAAAAUAACGUGAGCCUGAGAUAAUCGCACAUCUGAGGCACCACAACUGUUGAAGCAAGACACAGUUUCUCAGAAUGUAGUUUCAAACUCAACCUUUUACCUUCAUCCCUGAAGACUUUUCUAUGAAUAGAAGAAAAACAGGGAUUGGUUUUCCUCCUGCAGUCUUCACCAUCAUAUUAAUUGUAUAAAAUAAAUCCAGUGUAGUUUGUUUAUAAAAAUAGAAUGGUUUUUAUUUGGAAUCAUGGGAAAAUUACAUUAAUGCAUAUAUUUUCUCUGCUCUCUGUCAUCUUUAUCUUCUCCAUUGUUGUUGUUUUUUUUAUCCUUUUCUUUCCAACCCACUUCUCUUGUUUCCUGGAUUUGAAUAUAUCUCUUUUCCCUCACCCUUCCCCACCAUUUUCUACACACUCAUCCUGUGUUACGUCACCGAUUCAGUCCGGGGACGAGAGGUGCACCACGUCCUCGCCUGCGUGCCAGCUGAGGACAUCUAUAGCUCCUUGAGCAGAGGGCAAGACAAAGAUUAUUUUAUUUGCUGAAAUACCUUCAAGAUACAUCUCCAGCGGAAAAGGCGCUUACCUGCUGGCGAUAAGAAAACAAACAGAAAGAAACCACGUGAAGACAACCAUCUGACCACACGCCAACGACAACAACAACACGCUUUUCGUAACUUUACGUGGUUUCUUGAUCAUUCUCCAUAUUUUGAGGAAAAGCUUCCACCUUAAACUGCAGCCAGCGGGGAGUACGACUGGGAGCAAAGCUGUGAUGACUUUUCUCACCGCCUAAACCCAAAGGGAAUUUUACGGUAAACUUUUAAGUCGAGAAAUACACCUGUAGCUUACGGAGACCUCUGUGCAAGCGAACUGUAAGACGGGGAGCGCCGUGUUGGCUUGUGCGUGAAUCUGAGGGAGACAGUCUGGACUGUUUCGAUUCAUCUUUCUCGUUUUCUUUUUUUUUUUUUUUUCUCAUUAGCUUUUUUUAUUGUGUUCGCUCUUAUAUGCUGCUCACCUUAUGCUUUGAGUCGCUGGACGCCAGUUUUCUUCCCAGCUGUCCACUCCUGAGGUUCUCGAAAAGUAUCGGGGACCCCUCAGUUUCUGGCAGAGGAUGAAUUAAAAAUUCAGUGAGUUUUUGAAGGCCUUGCUGGAGACACACACACACACACAGACACACUCGACUUCAUCGUUUUUUCUUUUUUCUUUUUUUGUAGCAGGAAUAAAAUUCUGCUUGGCGAGGCAGCUGUGUCCAGUGUAGGGGUUAAAAGGUAGCUUGGGCUGCUGAAAUUAAAAAAAGCACUUAGUGAGGUUGUAGUGAGAGUUGUACAUGCGAGUGUGAGUGCGUAUGUUCAUGUGCACAUCUUGUAGCUGCCCUCAUCUGUUUUGACCCUAAAAAUCCAACCAAACACGCAAUGCUGUCUUAUUUUAUUUUUUUGUUGCUUUAAGAAGUGAAAGUACUGAGUUUAGGAGUUUAGGAUAACACCGACUCAGAGGCUCCGAAAACCAGUAAAUUAAACGUCGACAAUCUAUAAAUCCAGUCUCCAUCGUUUUUCUUUCUUUUCUUUUUGGUUGGUAGCGAUUGAUCAGAUAGAUCAAAGGGACCGAAGAGAGACAAAUUCACUUCUCAAGCUAACACACUUGAAUCAAAGGUUAACCAAGGGGAAGUACUCUUGACAUUUGCUCCAAAAACAAGCUUUUUUUUGUAACCAUGCCGCCGCCACCGCUGCUCUGAGGCGCUUGAGGAGAAGGGACCAUGUCGCAACAAACCAGAAUGUAGCACAUUCUCCUCGAGAAGAAAGCAAAUCUGUCUUUAGAUUACACUAUCUGCUUUUUUUCUUUUCUUUUUCAAAGUUUCUUUUAAUCCCGGAUCCAGCUUUGCUCGUUUCAGCGGAUUAAAAGGUGACACAAGUUGCAGCAGUAGCUCCGCUAAACUUUGGCCUUAGGAAAACAAAGAUCAAAGUGAGGUCAUGUUGUCGCUCUCUGGAAAUGUUCAAAUGAAGGCGCUCGGGUUUGAAGAAUGGAUGAAGCGGGAGAUGCGUUCCCUCUGGAUUACAUUCAGGUCUUUUUCUUGCAAGCUCACUUCUGACAGCUCGCUCCCCUUUGGAAAAAAAAAAAAUUGCGCUGCUUUGUUUUGUCUUCGCGCUUCAUAAAAAUGUUGCAGAAGGCUUCCUCAGAGCUGUGACAGCAGGGGAGUCGCUGGCAUACUGAUUACUCCCAUGCAUUAAAUUGGAAAUGAUAAAUAUGAUUUUCGGGGGGGGGUCGAAAAAAGUGUUUAUGCCUUUGCUGCUAACGCUUCCCCAUAUCUAUGGCAACUGGGGAGUGAUAUGCAAAAAAAAAUAUUAUAUUGAAAAUGCAACACAGGAGGAAACUGUCAUCUAAUAUAACAGCAGGGCUCUACCUUGGCUGGUGAAUGGAUGAAAAUACGAAUGCUUUGUGACCCGUAUUAAGUGUGUGUGUGUGUGUGUGUGUGUGUGUGUGUGUGUGUGUGUGUGUGAGAGAGAGGGGGGGCGGUGAGGAUGUGUUUUCAAAAACACCCUACUCCACUUCCUGCUCCCGUACCUGUAAAUGCUAGCCUGCAGCUGCUGAGUGAGGUGAAUAGUGUGCGAAUUUCACAGGAGCAAAUUGGGCCAUUACGUGUAAUUUGCUUUAAUUUUACCUUCAUUAUCAAACCCCAUAAGAAAAUUCAUUUUUACAUUCCCAAUAUCAGGACACACGCUCAGAUCCCUUUCACUUCUUUAGUUCCUUUUUUGUGUGUGGUUUUUUGUGUGUGUGUGUUAGAAAUCAAAAAAGGAAAUUAAUCUUAUGGAUUUUUGUUGGCGUUGUUGUUAUUAUUGUUAUUAUAUAUUAUGCCCGCCCCCCCUUUUUUUUAAUGAAGUCUUUAAAUUCGCCCACUGUACAUAAUUUCCCUCAGAAUUCCAGACCUUUUGAAACCAAUCACCGUAUUGUUCCUUCAAUCAGUUUCGCUGUGGGUCGGUAAUUGCUUUUACAAUUUUAUUACUUUUAAAGCUCUCGUUUAUCUCGGCCGUACAGAUAGAAUAUUGCCCUGUGCUUGCUCUGGUAGUGAAUUGAUGGGAGAGGAAACGAUUGAAUUACCCUGGAUAUUUCACAGGGAGAGGAGAAGUCGCUCGCGCAUUAUCUCAAAGGAGCUGCUACUCAGUUCCUAUAGUUUUAUGUGGCUGUUGCACGUUGCAUUUCAUUUGUUUUUAUUGUGAAAUUGCUCCAAAUAUUUCAGCAAAGUGGACGGCUUCAUUAUUAAAUCCCAGUUUCUGUUAAGGGCACUUUCAAGCGGUCUUUUCCCCAACUUACACAAAACGAUCAAACGAACACGUGUAAAUAAGGACGGCGUGUUCACAAACCCCAGAGGAAGCAAUUCAGUUUGCCUAGAUUUAGACUAUAAAUCUGGAUUAACAUAAUACAGAAGCAAACACUCACACAAAUAUGAUUGUUUUUACUAACAAGGGCUCAUUCCCCACAAAUUCAAGUUUUAAAAAAAGGUUUUCAAGGGCCAAACACAUUUUUCUUUUUUCUUCUUCAUCUUCUUACCUCCAGUAAGCACUUUAUGUUAAUUAUAGUGCCUUGUUACCCCCUUAUAUCAUGAAUACGCUUUAGAGGCCGUGUUCUUAUGUUAAGGAAUUCCAAUAUCUUUCCUAGGAUUUUUUUCUUUUAUGUCAGAUAUUAGAAAUGUAAGUCUUUUAAGGUUUUCGGUAAAGCCCUUAUCCCUGCCCGAGUAACCCACACACACUGAAGAGUCUGCAGGCUUUUUAGAUCUGUUUUUAAACUUUGAUCUCACUGAAAAUCUGAGCUCGUUAGAUUCAUGCCAGAGCCACCAUCAGUUUGUUUCCCCCCCCCAAACGAGCCGUGUGCUCAGUCGUACUGUAUUUUGGUGUGCAAGGAUUAAUGGCCAGGAUUUUAUGUUCUUGGCUACGUGCUCGGCUGGGUAUUUGUCCUCUGUUUGCUUUGCGAGUUUAAAAAUAAACCAAAGAACGUUAUCCAAAUUCAGACGAUUUAGAAUUAGACAUAUAGUGAUAAAAAUUAAGAUUUAAUAUUCUGUCACUUCUUGAUGUUGCUUAAUUUAUUUCUGCUACUCUUGUUUGUUUUUUAUGUCAAACAAACCAUUUUAUCGAUAAAUUUCCCUUAAUGGUCAGUACAUCUAUAGAAGUGUUUAACCUAUCUAGUGUUAGCCCAGAAAGUUCUCACAGAGAGUGAAGUCCAGUCAUAUGAAAGUAAAGAUCUCAAUGAAGCCAUGCUCUAAGAGUCAGAAUUAAGUCUUUCUUAAUAGCAGCCGGCUGCUUCCUGGUUCUCUUUGCAUAUUUUAUGACACAAACGGUCCUCAUCUUCAGUUCAUUUUCGUUAUCAGCCGGUCACAGCUCUGGGUUCUGUCCUGCUCUCCCAUCUCUUCUAUAAUGAAACACACCACAGCUAUGGUCUUUGAGUUUCCUUCGAAAGUUCACAGAGUUUUCCUCGCAGUCAGGGACCCGACCAAAGGCUCUCCCUUUCUUCGCGCAGCACAGGACAGCACUGCACAUGUGUUGAAAAACCGAGCAAUCCAUCAGUUAUGCCGUGUGACAUGUUCUGCAUCAGCUAUCAUUUAUAAUCUCCCAUCUCUCACUGCCACCACAUAUUGAUGGCCGGACAAUAAAUCUCAACUUCCCCGCUGUGUUUUACAGGCCCAUUCAAUGCAAUUUGCCUUCACUAUUCAGCCCAUUUCAGCUCUUCUAGUGGACUAAAGCGUGGGGACAGAGGGAAGGGAUGUAUUUUGAAAAGCUUUGAAGCUCAGAUGAGUUUUAUUCUGUCAAUGGGAAAUGCGAGCAGCGUGGUAGUAGGAUCAUUCGUGAUCAGAUCACUGGAUUUAUUGCUCAAAAACUACUGAAUGUAUUUCAUUUCACUGAGUGCACCAGAAUUUAUCUAUCUAUACUGUGUUGAAUAUCUGUAAUCCCACAACUUUUUCUCUGUUUGUGUGCAGUAAUGGAUAAAAAAAAUACAAAAAAACUGUCAGUAUGUGUUAUCUUUGGACUAAAAACAGAAUGUCCAAUUUAUCUAGAGUAUAAUAUAGCAAAGUAUUUACAAAGAGCUGCUUUUUUAUUACCAGAUAUUUUUCUGUUAGUUUUUCCAUGGCAACAAACUUAUUAUAAAGUCCCAUAUUUUCAUUUUGUUUUCUUUCAACAUGUUUUUUUCAAGCCAGUUCUGUAAAUCUCUCAACUAGUCUCUGUGUGAGACUGAAAAACCCGCAAUGCCCAAGCAGGUUCGACAUGGCCAUUAAAGGCCUCAACGAGGAAAACAAAAGACAAAACGGCGAAAGGCAAAGAGCCAGUGUCGGUGUCUCGCUGUACACCAAAAGGGUUUACCGGUGACGACGUGGACAAACGUGAGCUUGAGCAGACUGUGCAACGACAGAGCAACUGCAGAGGAAAUGUCUCUAAGAUAAGAGAAUAUGUUAACAAAUAAAAAAACCUUUUUUUGUACAGAGAUAUAUUUUUAUGAAAAUACAUUUGUAAUAUAAAAAGAGAAAAUGGAUUGACAUAUAUGUAAAUGUUUUUCUUUUUCAUUAUUGUAGUACAAAUGCUAGUGGGGAGUAUAUGAAAAAUCUAUAUAUAAAUAUAAAUAUAUAUAUAUAAAUAUAUAUAUAAAUAUAAAUAUAUACAAAGAAAAAUAGAAACAAGGCUCUUUUGUAUAUGUAAAAAAGAUUGUAUAUAAAAGUUUACAUACAUACUGUACAUAUGUAAGACCCACCAUGGCUUGUCUGCAAUAUAUAAAAUGUAUUUUAUCUGUCUGUAUAUGAUGCUUUGCAUUGUGUCUAAGCUUAUUCUACUUUCUUGAA